GUUUAAACGCGUUUUCCGAUCCACCAGCUAAUCCUGGACCACAGUUCAACUCAUCCACUCCUUCACCAAUUGACUUCUACUAACCAAUGCAUAUAUUGGUAAAGCCUCACAUUACUGCAAGAGAGUUGCUAAGUUUGCCUAUCUGCAUCUACCUACGAUCGCUUAUACUACAUGAUAUAAAUAAUCCGUAUCGAUCCCGAUUACCUCUAUCAACCCAAUCUCAGAUAGACAACCAAUUUAUUAACUUUGGUCCUGCUGUAAUGUACUAGGAAUAGGGAGCUCGCCCUUGAAUCAAAUUACCUCAAUGCCUUUAUUUUCGAUAUCGCCAAAUAUCCAGGAGUCACCUAAAACACCGAGAAAAAGGACACACGAGGACUUUGUCGAAACUCCUAGCCAGCUCAUCAUAGGGGAGCCUUCUCAUUUGGAGACUUCGGGAAAACUAGCAUCUCCUGAAAUGUCUCUUCCUGCUAUCAACACUCCCCAAUUGCCUACGUCAAUGGUAAAAAUGAAUGCUGCAACUCCAGGAAGUAGCCCCGCGGCUUUAACUGAAGCCGGAUCCAGUCCGGCAAUGAGGAACUCACCCUCACCGAACAAGACACCAUUAUCAUCGCCCUCAAAAUCAAGCGCCAUGCCUACCCAACCCAACCAGACAGAUUCUCUUUCUGUCUCUACAACCCAAAACGAUCAGGGAGCCAAGCGAAAGCCCCCGUCGACCAUCGAGGAAAAGUUAAACGCCGCCAAGCGACAGAAAAUAGGGGGAUCUAAGGCAGCAGAAAAACUCGACAAGGAAGAGGCAAAGGCUGCCGAGAAAGCUAAAAAAGAGAAAGAAGCCGAAGAGAAGCGUCAAGCGAAAGAGGCGAAAGCGGCUGAGAAGGCGAAGAAGGAAGCCGAGGCAGCUGAGAAGCGCCAGAAGAAGGAAGCGGAAGCCGCUGAAAGGGCUAAGAAGAAGGCUGCUGAAGAGGCGGCGAAAGCAGCAAAACUAGCUGAGAAGGAAGCGGCGAGGCGUAAGAAGGAAGAAGCGCAAGGACGACAACAGAAUAUGUUAGCGACUUUCGUUCAGCGAUCCCUCAAUGCACCCCCAAAGAAGACCACCGAGCAGGCCACGAACCUUUCCGCAGAACCCAAUGACGCUGCUAGUUCACCGGAAACCAAAGCUAAGCCUGAAAAAUCGGCAUAUGAGCGAGCAUUUCAGCCCUUUUUUGUUAAGCCCGACGUGACGCUGGCCCCGCCACCAUUUGAAAUGGACGAGGAGACCAAAAAUGACAAAUCCGGAAUUCUGGAUGAGUAUAUUCGUGGCGAACGAGGCGAAUUCAACCCUAAGCCGUUCAAUCCAUCAGAAACUUUCAAGCUAGCAUUCACGCGGAAGCGUGGCGUCAUUCCGCCGAGCGUAAAGAGCAUCAUGGAGAAUGUAUAUAAUGAUGCCGAGCGGACAGGUGCAAGAACAGAGUCGCAGACCAAAGAACUAGCCGAAAACGCCCAGGAACAACUCAACGCCAUUACGGCAAAAUACUUGUCGUUCUACGAAGACGUCAGACCACCAUAUUUUGGAACUGUUACUACCCCUAUUGAGGCUAACAAACUUCGUUCUCUGGCUCGCAGGCCAGUCGGAAAAUUCCUCCCACUGAAUUACGAUUAUGAUUCUGAAGCAGAAUGGGUGGAAGAUGACGGUGAAGAUCUAGACGACGAAGAUGACGAUGACGAUUCCCAUGAUGGCGACGGGGAGAUGGAGGACUUCCUUGACGAUUCCGAGGAUCAACCUGCUGUCACCCGACCCAGUUUCCUUGGUGAAAAGGAGCCGAUUUGCACUGGCAUAUGCUUUGAAGAUCAAACGAGGGUUGGCCCCUGUGCUACUACAUAUCAAUAUCAACUUGAGUUGCUACUAGAUACACCUGAGCAACCCUCGGGAAUUGACCCCUUUUCAACUUCCUACUGGCCAGCUCCGGCAAAGAGGGCUAUAACAAAGAGCACAGUUACAUCUGCACCUGCCACUUCAACAUCCAUGCCUCCACCUGUUGUGCCUACAGAUGCCUUUUCGGCGCUCGGUUCGGGUCCAGCCAGCUCUCUUCAGGCAGCAGAGAGCCAAAAUUUUGUUCCGAAGGACGUCUUUGAUGAGUUCAGGCGUGCUAUCAUCAGCGACGAGCUCAAAGAGUUUACUAAGGGAACAAUCAUAGAGAUGUUGACGAAGAAGUUCCCAAGCUGUACGAAGGCACAAGUGAAAGUGACAUUGGACAAAGUCGCUCACCGCAUUAGUAUCCCGGGCGCCAAGAAGAAUGUCAAGCAAUGGGCACUUCUACCGGGAUUCGCCUUGUGAUUUUGUUUUUGAGUUCGGCAUAGCACGUCCAUAUUGAGAAGGGCUGGCGUUAUGAUACCACUGCGUGAUAGAAGAGAAAUCUUCUGCUCAAGGAAAUUCUGCAUGGACCAGGGGAGUAGAGUAAACUGCUGCAUUGUUGUAUUAACAAUUGCCCAUUGCGCUGUCCGAGGCCCCGGCAGAGGCAUUGUUCGAAAGUUAUUUCUUCCUUUCCUAAAUUAUAAAAGGAAAAAAAAA